UAUAAGAUACUUCUAGAUAUAAUUAGGGCUAAUUUUGUGAUAAAGUUGAAAAUGAUUAUGAUAGAACUACAUUUUAGCAAAUUACUCAAAUAGAAAAAGUCAAAUGUAGAAAAUAUUCAAAAGGGAUCCUUAAUUAAAUACUGUGAUUUUGUCUAAGUCUCAGUACUGAAUUCUUGAGAACCUAAAAUUCAGGUGAGUUAAUAAGUACAUAUCUUGGCUGUGCUUUCUGCUUUGCAGUGGGCUUUCUGCUCCUCUGUUCCCUGUAGAUAUAAUUAACCCCACCCAUGUGUCUGACCCUCUUUCCUGCUUCAGGCCAGGUAGCACAGGUACCCAGCAUGUUUCCACUUUAGGAAUUUUUACUAAGUGUGAGGCUGGAUUGAUGCUGUCUACUCAUGGCAGUUAAUUCUGUAAGAAUAGCAUCAGGCAGAGCAUGCUGGCAAACGAAUGUUUUGAACAGGUUUUCAGUUAUUAUAAGUGCUAGUAUUUAUCUUGGACUGGACUAUGUAUUUACUGUCUUCUGUCUGCUAUGAUGAUGAGCAAGUCUGUGGGUUGUUAUGUCAGUGGUAAGCACUUACCCUGUUUUAAUUUUUCUUGUUCAUUCAACAGUUACUUUACUGUCAUUUAUGGGAACAGCAGUGAGUAAAACUGGCCUGACCCUGCCCUGAGCUGCCUACAGUUGAUUGUUCAUUCUCUGAAGAUUGGCCAAAAUGGGAAGGGCUGGAUUCUGCUCUCUUCCACGAAGAGUUAAUGGAACUGGCUAAGAUCAAAAUCUGAGGCUUUUCCCAUCCUUAAUCAGUCCCUUUUUGCUUUCUUUUACGACCACAUGAAACUUGAGAAGCCACCUAAAGCUAUAUCACUUAGUGGAGUUGGGCAGUUCCCAGGUGUCCAACAAGAAGGCCUGGUUUAGGCUGCGAUGGCCACUGUCAUUCCUGGUGAUUUGUCAGAAGUAAGAGAUACCCAGAAAGCCCCUUCAGGGAAACGUAAGCGUGGUGAAACCAAACCAAGAAAAAACUUCCCUUGCCAACUGUGUGACAAGGCCUUUAACAGUGUUGAGAAAUUAAAGGUUCACUCCUACUCUCACACAGGAGAGAGGCCCUACAAGUGCACACAACAAGACUGCACCAAGGCCUUUGUUUCUAAGUACAAAUUACAAAGGCACAUGGCUACUCACUCUCCUGAGAAAACCCACAAGUGUAAUUAUUGUGAGAAAAUGUUUCACCGGAAAGACCAUUUGAAGAAUCACCUGCAUACACACGACCCCAACAAAGAGACCUUUAAAUGCGAAGAGUGUGGCAAGAGCUACAACACCAAGCUUGGCUUUAAGCGACAUUUGGCCUUGCAUGCUGCAACCAGUGGUGACCUCACCUGCAAGGUGUGUUUGCAGACUUUUGAAAGCACAGGUGUGCUCCUGGAGCACCUGAAAUCUCAUGCAGGCAAGUCAUCCGGGGGCGUGAAGGAGAAAAAGCACCAGUGUGAGCACUGCGAGCGCAGGUUCUACACCCGGAAGGAUGUCCGGAGACACAUGGUGGUGCACACAGGAAGAAAGGACUUCCUCUGUCAGUACUGUGCACAGAGAUUUGGGAGAAAGGAUCACCUCACUCGACAUAUGAAGAAGAGUCACAAUCAAGAGCUUCUGAAGGUUAAAACUGAACCAGUAGAUUUCCUGGACCCAUUUACCUGUAACAUGUCUGUGCCUAUAAAGGAUGAACUCCUGCCGGUGAUGUCCUUACCUUCCAGUGAACUCUUGUCAAAGCCAUUCACAAACACGUUACAGUUAAACCUCUACAACACUCCAUUUCAGUCCAUGCAGAGCUCUGGGUCUGCUCACCAAAUGAUCACAACUUUACCUUUGGGAAUGACAUGCCCCAUAGAUAUGGAUGCUGUCCACCCCUCUCACCAUCUUGCUUUCAAAUGCCCAUUCAGUUCUACCUCAUAUGCAAUCUCGAUUCCUGAAAAAGACCAGCCAUUAAAGGGGGAAAUUGAGAGUUAUCUGAUGGAAUUACAAGGUGGUGCACCCUCUUCAUCCCAGGAUUCUCAAGCAUCAUCAUCUAAGUUAGGGUUAGAUCCUCAGAGUGGGUCCCUAGAUGAUGGUGCAGGUGACCUCUCCCUGUCAAAGAGCUCUAUUUCUAUCAGUGACAGCCUGAAGACACCAGCAUUGGAUUUUUCUCAGUUGUUCAAUUUCAUACCAUUAAAUGGUCCUCCUUAUAAUCCCCUUUCAGUGGGGAGCCUUGGGAUGAGCUAUUCCCAAGAUGAAGCACAUUCUUCUGUUUCUCAGCUGCCCACACAAGCACAGGAUCUCCAGGAUCCUGCGAACACUGUGGGUCUUGGUUCUCUGCACUCGCUCUCAGCAGCUUUCACCAGCAGCCUAAGCACAAGCACCACCCUGCCCCGUUUCCACCAGGCAUUUCAGUAGGGUCUGGGCCACGGGUUUGAUAGGGAGGUGUGUGUGUAGCCCCACCUUCGAAGACCAUUUUUAUUUUAGUGCCUACUUUAAGACAAUACAAAAACUUCUGCUUUUGUAUAAUACCAGGUUUCAUGAAGCCAGUAAAUAAUAGGAAUUAGCCUCUUCAAUAAGCUUUGAAACCAUUCAUUUUUAUUUACAUUUGCUGUUUCUCCUGAUUUACUGCCAGUUGUCAUAGUCUCAGAGUUUUAUUUCAUAUAGGAGCGCCAUUAUCACUAAAUUCUACAAGUCCUGUGUCCAAAUUACUAUUAGACCUUAAAAUUUUCAUUUUUGUCUAAUAGCAAUGGGCAUUGGACAUUUGGCUCAUUUUUUUCAAAUAUGCAGUACAAUGUAAAUCUUAUGACAUGUGUGUGAAUAACUGAAGUGUUUUAUAUUUUUUUACUAGCCACUAAAUGGAUUCAUGAUCAAGUGUUUUAAAUGAACUAAGAAUCCAGUUUGGGGAGAUUAUAGUGGUUUCUUAAAUAUACCAUCACUUCAGAUCAAUAUAUUUUGAAGACUGCUAUUGUCUGGCUAAAAUAUUAUGAGCAUAUGAUAAAGAGAGAUACAGAGAAAGUUUCAGUAUCUGUAUCUAAAAGAAACCUAGAGAGGUCACAGGGUGUUCUGUGUUAGCACUGGCCCUUAGGCUGUUUUGCCACAUUUCAACCCCAUGUUUACUUAUGGUAACAGUGUGGGAUAUCAGCCUUUGGGAUCAGUGUAGAAAUGUUCUGUUUUACAUCCUUCACCUUUCAUACCCAGGAUGGCUUCGGUAUACCAGCAUUCUUAUGCUGCAUGUUGGCCCAUAGUUAGUCCAGAGUCUUAGAGCCAUUGUGGGACAGUAGUAAAUAUGUGAAACCCAGAGUAGGCUGCCUCAAUUGCCAGGGUGAUAGACUCCUCAACAGGAAGAUGGAUGUAAAACAUACAGCCAAACCUCAGAACUUGUCUAGAGAAUUUCCACUGUUGCCAGAACUGAAAACUGGACUCUUUGGGGGCAAACUAAAAGCCUGUCCCACCACUUGUAAAACAGCAGUCUACCCCCUGUGCUCUCUUGCUCAGUGCCCAUCCAUCUUCCCCUGCUGUGUUUGGAUGGAGAACUUAAACACAUUAAAAGGCUACUUGAGGAGUUUCCACAAAGUUUUACACAACCCAAAACAGUAAAAAAAAACCCUUUCCACGUCUUAGGAAAUGGGAGGAAUGCUACAAAUAAGUUGAAUUUAUAGAGGAAACAGAGUAAAAUAAAGCAGACACCAAAUUAGUGUGAAAGCACCAAGGAUGUGGUGCUCACUGACAUGGUCGUGAUGGGCUUCCUCACACCAGCCAGGGCUCUGAUCAAAGGUUCCGUGUAAAUUUUUCUUAGGAUUGCUUGUGGCAUCAACCCACAAGAUGGAUCUGUUAAGCACUUGUUUCAGGCCCCCUUCUGUUGGGGCAUGAGUAGGGGAAAAUUUACAGAAGAGUAUGUAUCUCUCUUUUUAAAAAAAAAAAAAAAAGGAAAAAAAAAAGGAAGAAGAAAAUACUCCUGAUUUUCUGAGCACUCUUAUUAGCCCUAUAUGGGGAAACUCAUUCCCUUUUGGGGGGCCAACUAUCAUUGCAGAUUUGUUGUUUACCAAUAAUUCUAAACAUGAGUAUAGAUUAUUGAAUAUUAUGCAUUAUUUAAAAUACCUGGGAGUAGUAUAAAUUGAGGAGAAGUGUAAAAUGUCACGUGAAUGGGGCUUUAUUAUAUGUUACACACACGUCUAGCGCACUUCGUAGAAUCAGAGUUACUCUCUGGAGAGCUCUGGCUCCUGGUUUUAACCCUGGAGCAAUAGUUUUUAUACUUAUGUAUUUAAAUUUUUAUUAUGAAAAAUUACAUUUUAUUAAAAAAGUGUUCCAAAGGCAUUAAAAUGAUAUAUGUUAAUAAGGAAUACAUGUCUAACUCUUCAAGCUGCUCCUGAGCUGUGGUUGGGAGCACACUCAUUCUCCAAGUGGGCUCUUCACUCUGCUUAAGACUGCUUCCUUAGUUUCUAUGAAACAGAUCGCUUACCUAAACAUCAAGUUGAAUGAUUAAUGUUCAAUAUUGCUUUAAUCACCAUUUAGAAAGGAAAAGAAACUUGGUGACAGAGCACAAGUAAAUAGAAAACCUAUUUUUAUGUAGAGGUUGGUCACAAAUACCACAUAUGAAAGCACUAGUUUAUCCUAUCUGAAAUUUGCUAAGAAGUCACAUUAAAUGACCUGAGACAUUGGCCUUCAUAGUCUGUAUUUCACUGCUAAUUGAAAAAAAGGGAGUACCAGGAUAUAUGAAAUAAAGAAUUUUGAAAUGGGAAUGGCGCCAUAUAUGUAUAUAUAUAAAUAUAUCUUUAUCCUAAUUCUUGCCCUGCACAGAACUCUAAGACACAUCCUCCAGGGUACCAGUGUUAAAACGUAGAGUCUUAAUUUUCUUCGUAUGUACACCUCUUUGCCUAUUGCUGCCCCCACAGACUUGAAUAACACUUCAAAGUAAGAGGGAAUUCAGCAAGUUGGGUUGGGUUUUUUUUGUUUGUUUGUUUGUUUUGUUUUGUUUUUUAAUUGACUGCAGUGGUCACUAAACCCUUUCUUGAUAGAUUUUCUAUUAAAAAUCAGGCAGCUUUUAAUUUAAUUGCACAAUGUUUUAACAAGGAUGUAACACAGAAUUGGCUUUUUCCCCUAGAAAAUACUGUCACUUGUUUUUAUUUGACGUAGGAAUGAUUAGGAGUAGUUCUUGCCAAUGCUGUUUUCAUUCACUAGUGGUCAGUCGUCGUCCUUGGAAUUUCUGAUAGUGCCUUAGAUUGGCUGAAAGAAAAGGGAUUAACAUUAACUAAAAUAGUGUAGUGUAAAAUUUGGACCUCAGACAAGAUACCGAGCCUCAUUCAAUUUGACUUCCACAUGUGUGUGCAGACUUUAUCAGCAGCUGCAGGAGCAUGAUGGUGGAAGGACCGAGGCACUGUAAGCAAUAUAAUCCAUUGAUAUUUACCAAUACCACCUGUGUAGUUAUUGGUCACUGUUAAGCUUUCAUUUAAAAUCAUAUUACCUAGUUCAGUUUUCUAGAAGUUGAGUUGUCUUGGCGGAUCUGGUGGUUCACGAACCAUUCUGUAUGCCACUUUUUCAUUUCAGUUGGCAUUUCUUUCAAGCUGUGUGUUUUUGCCUAUUUGUUGCUUGUGCUUUAUUUUUCUAGUCCUUUGUGGAAUAUAGUGAUAUAUUGUGUUAAUUUGGACAGUGACGGUUUUUUAAAACCAUUUACUGACUGAAACAUGAGCCAGAGCUGAUUGCUUUAUUAAUGAAUGUUAUAGAGUACGUAUUUCAGGAUCUUUCAUCUAGUGAGCAGUACACACAUAGGCCAAUUCAAAAAAUAGAGCUUGCUCAACCUCUAUACUUCACGUACUACAAGAUAUAGCACUUUCAAAAUGAACCUAAACUUCUACAGAAACUUUCUUAUUAUAGGUUAUGCCUUUUAUUUUAAGACUUAUUAUAUUCGUUUCAAGUGCCAUUAGGUGAUAUAUAUGUAGGCCUUUGAUAUAUAAUGCUUUGUGUACAAAAAAAAAUGGUAGAUGGUAUUUUAAACAGGUACAUUUUUACAGUGUUUUCUUAUCGAUUUGCUAUAUUGCACAGAAUCAGUGUGUGUCUUUUCAUAUGGUUUUACAAUGGUUUAUUUUUUUACAAGGUUUACGUAUCUCAAAGCACACUGUCUUCCCAGUCCGUAAGUAAGUUAAAAGAUACCAGUUCACCCAAGUUACUUCUAGCCUACUGAGAUCCAUGUGACAUUGGAGGAAAUCUUUUCAAUGUUGAUAUUCGUCCUUAGUGAAGGCAGACUGGUUUUCUGACUAAUGAAUCCCUCAGUGAGUCUGUCUUGUUUUAUUCACGCUGUCAGCAGCCAGUCUAUAACACCUUAUAUCUUGAUUCUGUAGGUCUGUCUACAUAAACGCCUAAGCUGUAUUGUACUUACAGAGGGCUCCUUUGAAAUUGUAUGCAAGAUAAUGCUACCAGCCUCAGUAACAGCACCCAAAUCACCAGUACGCCUUUCUCCAAUGUUAGCAGCCCCUAGGAAUGGAAGGCAGUAUCUUUGGAUAGGUUAUCUAGCUCUGCAGAUAAUACAGAAUUAUUGCUAAUGUAUAAGACACUUCUUUGUAUAAGCUUCAGUUGGUACAGACAAACCAGAAUGAAUGUCUAUCUUCUCAGAAACCCUCCUUCAACAUUAUAUGGGAUCAUGCUGCUACUGUCACUUGGGAUACAACUCUUCAUGGUGCUACAAACUUCUGUCUCAUUCAGUUGUAUUUUUUUAUCCAUAGGAAAAGGACUACAUAGGUGUAAAAGUGUACAAUAUAUUUUUAUACUGUGACUUAAUUUGUCAUUAACAAACUUACACCACCACAAUGUAUUCAUGUGCGCUUGCAAAAGGAGAUCUUGGAUGUGCAAAUGUUACCAGAACAAACCCAGCUUUUGUCCACAAGGUGACUGUAACUCAGAAUGGAAAGUGGGCUUGACAUAGGGUGUGGAGUGAAGAACAUGCUGUAGGUUACUAACAGCCCUUUGAAUUUAACAAAAACUGGGAAUCCAUUCGAAAAUGGAUUGCAUCAUGCCUGAACAUAAGCUGACUGCUGAAAUUGUAUUUUUAACUAAUGAAAAAGUGUUUGGACUAGUACUCUAAACAUGUUCUAAUGGUAAAGUUUUGAGUCAAAUAGAAAUGAAAAAAUCUGCAUUCCAGACUGAAUUUUGUAUAUUUUUAUUGCAUUUUAAAUUGCUAUUCUGUGAUAUUGGAAAAUCAAGUGGCUUAUCGUGUAUAUCAUGUACUUAAAAUGUAUUCACAAACUACUGUUGUAUUUGUAUAAAAUAUAGACAAAGGUCA